GCGAACGCUCGGAUCUCGGGCUCGGAGGCCGGAAACGUCGCUACGGAGCCGCAGGGCAUCCCGCACGGAGGCCCUUUCUUGUUCUCCGCGGAGGCCGCUCCGUCAGCGUAGACAUGGCCAAAUGGGGCCAGGGGGACCCGCGCUGGAUCGUGGAGGAGCGGGAGGACGGGACCAAUGUGAACAACUGGCACUGGACAGAGCAGGAUGCUACCAGCUUGUCCAAGGGGAAGCUCCGCGACCUCCUGGUGGGCAUCGUCGUGGAGAAUGAGACUGGACACCGUGUGAUCAGUGAGCUGAAGCAGGUAGAAGGUGAGGCUUCUUGCAGCAGCCGCAAAGGAAAGCUGAUUUUCUUCUAUGAGUGGAACAUCAGACUGAGCUGGAAAGAAUGUAUUUUGUUCAUUUCAAGUGUAAUUAAAGAAUCUGGUGCAAAGCACAAGGGAUUGAUUGAAAUACUCAGCCUUUCUGAAGAAAAUGAAGUAGAUGACACCGAGUUAUCCUUUGGAACAUCUACUCUUCUUGAGAUUCAGGCUUCAUCUCCAACGGGUUUGGGUGUGAGGAUCCCCACGGUGACACUGCACAUGACCGAAGUGUUUGACCCAACUGUAGAGCAGCUGUACAGCAUCUUCACUGUGAAAGAUCUGGUGCAGAAAUUUUCUAAAUCUCUUGCUAUAUUAGUAGCUGAAAAAGAAGGGACAUUCCAAAUGUUUGAUGGGAAAAUCACCGGCGAAUAUGUAGAAUUGUUGACAAAUAAAAAGAUCGUCAUGAAAUGGAGAUAUAGGAACUGGCCAGAAGAACACCAUGCGACAGUUGCACUGAAUUUUGUGCCUACUCCAGGGCAAACGGAAUUGCAGUUGGACUGUAAAGGAGUUACUGUUUGUAAAGAAGAGGGCAUGAAAUCCUGUUGGCAGAAGCAGCAUUUUGAAGAAAUAAAAUGUUUAGUGAAGCUGACUACCCUAAAUGGUUGAAUUAGUUAGAAGAUUUUGUAAGUCUACCUCUUCUCAAUCCUUUUAAAAAAGAAAACACCCUUAAUUUAUAUUGGAUGAAAUCCAUGACCUCUUACAGAAUUCAAAACAUUGUUUGAAUCUUUACUACGCUUGGACUCUCAUUGGGUUAAAAGUAGCAAGCAAUGUGGAAAUUAGGUAUUAACCUUACCUCCCAUAGAUGCUCCUCUGGGAACAGAUUGAGCCUCUGAGUACAGAUAGUUGAAGUUUCCCACUAAAGCUUGUCCUGGCAAGCCACUCUGUAGUUUUAGUUCAGGAAGACAAAAAAAUAAGUGGCAUGUCAAUACUUUUCCUUUAUUUCACUUCAGGGUUUUAAGGUCUGUAGCUCUUUAGGUAGCAUAGCAGCCAUGUGUUCAGAAGCAUGUUGGAGUGAGGUGCCUUGGGCCUUGUCAUCAGGCUACUCCCCGCAGUGGUUAUGCACUCCAGGCGGAGGACCGACAGGCUGCGGGGCAGCUUACAUUCUGGAUCGCCGCCAGCACUAAGGAAAUAGAGUAUAAUGGAGAAAUGCUUCCCUCCCGCUCAGUGUCCUCAUUACUUUCAUCUGAGAAGACUAAAGCAAUGUUAAAUGUAAACAAAUGAAAAGUCAUCACAAUCAGUUUAAUUAAGUGCACAGAAUAGCAAUCAAUCAGUCAUGUCAAUAAAAAUAAAACAAUUAUUUUUA